AUCACGAUCAUCUGUCUUGAAACAUACUGAUACUCAGAAGAGAAGGCUCUGUCAGUAUACCUCAGUGACGGAUCGUAAGCGACCUCCGUGUGUCAACAAACAAGAAACGUAAGGCAAAGUUCCCGAACAGCACAACCAAGAUGGCACAGUACAAGGGUGCCGCCAGCGAGGCAGGUCGAGCCAUGCAGAUCAUGAAGAGGAGGGAGAGGGAACUGGAGGAGAUGGAGCAGAAGAAGAGGAAGCUCGAGGAAUCACUUAAGAUCAACAAGAUUGAGAACAAGUUUGCCGUCCAUUAUGAUGCCGUGGAGCAGCAGCUGAAGAGCUCGACCAUUGGUUUAGUCACUUUGAAUGAGAUGAAAGCGAAGCAGGAAGAUGUUGUCAAGGAGAGAGAGAAAGAACUUGCAAGGAAGCAAAAGGAACAAGAAAAGCUGAUGAAGAAGGAAAUAGAAGCAAAACAGGCAAAGAAGAAGGAGCAGAGAGAUAAGAUUGCCAAGCUCAGUUUUUGUCCAGAUGAUGAAGAAGAGGAGGGGGAGGAGGAAGACGAGGAGGAGGCAAACAGAAAGAAAGAAGAACAACUGAAAAUUGAGGCCCGCAAACUGGAGGAAAGCAAGAAAGGCUUCCGAAUGGUAAAAAACCCAGAUGUGGACACAAGCUUCCUGCCAGAUAGAGAGAGGGAGGAUGCAGAGAAUAGACUACGAGAGGAGCUAAGACAGGAGUGGGUUGCACAACAAGAGGCCAUGAAAAAUGAAGAAAUAGAGAUCACCUUCAGCUACUGGGAUGGAUCAGGCCACAGGCGAUCCGUCCGCAUGAAGAAGGGUAACAGUGUGUAUCAGUUCCUUCAGAGGGGCCUUGAAAUAUUGCGGAAAGAAUUCAACGAGCUUCGCACUGUCUCAGCUGACCACCUUAUGUACAUAAAAGAAGAUCUGAUUAUACCUCAUCACUACACAUUUUAUGAUUUUAUUGUUAAUAAGGCAAGAGGUAAAAGUGGACCAUUGUUCCAUUUCGAUGUACGAGAUGAUGUUCGGUUGGUGAGUGAUGCUUCUGUGGAAAAGGAAGAAUCCCAUGCAGGCAAAGUGGUGAUGCGAAGCUGGUAUGAACGCAACAAACACAUCUUCCCAGCAAGCAGGUGGGAACCCUAUGACCCACAGAAGAACUAUGAGAAGUAUACCAUAAAAGACAAGAAUAAGAAGAAGUGAAGGAAUCCUGCCAAGCAUUUUAUAGUACAAAUAAAACUCAUUUAUAUUCACUACUGCCAGGGAUACAUUACGGGGUAAAGACACGCUAAGAUACGUCCGGCUUACUACUAUCAGCUCCACUAGUGACCAAUUUAGUGUAUGUAUGUUGUAUUGAGCUAAGGAAUUUAGAAGCCAGAAUGUGAUGCAAGAUAUGUUUUCCUUUUUCUAACAUAGUUUCAAAGAUGUUGGUGGAAAAGCUUAAGAUGUAAGAAAUUCACUUUGUAUUCCAAAAUCAUGAAAUUUUGUAACAAGUGAAGAUACAUCAUCUUUCUUUCAUUUUUUUCUGUCACUCAGAGGAAUGUUACUGUGAGCAAAUAUAUUUUACAAAUUAUACCCAUUGUCAGAAAUAUAAGUUAUUUAAGAAAUGACAAGAUUUGUUUGGUCCAAUGGCAUAUUUUUUAUGAAAACAACCAGACAAAAGAAAAACAUCAUGGUUACUUAAGAAGGCGACAAGAAUUAUCUCUGCGUAUCCUAAAUAUCGGGCUAAUGCAUGUAUAAGGACAUUGAGUGAAUGGUGAAAUAGUAAGUGAUAGUGAACUAGGUGGCUGAUGAGUAAUUUUGAAAUUGAUAUAACCAAUUUAUAGUAAUAUUGUUUAAUUAUUAUAUUAUUAUAGUUAUUAUUAUUAUCAUUAUAAUAAUCAUUAUCACCAUCAUCUUCCUUGUUGUCGUCGUCGUCAUUGUCAGUGCCGGGUUUAUUGUGGUAUUUGCCCAUAGGCUAAAGAAAUUUUACUGCUCCCUCUUCAAGCCCACUUCAAACUUCCCACUUUAUGUAUUAAAUAUGUAAUAUGAAUUAAAUGAUUAUUUAGAACUUAUGGAAGCAAAAGCAUGAAUUGAUAUAUACACAGUGAUUUAUUUAUACAGUACACCAAAUAAUUCAUGAUGGACAAUGUCACUGGCCCAUGGUUCAGUUAUUUAGUACAAUGAGAAUAUGUAUGCUUAAACAUUGUUACAUAGUUUAGUGAGUAUUCAAAUAUUACUUUUGCUUAACAGUCAGGUAAACAACUUAUAUUACAGGGAUUUGGUAAGAUCUCACUCAAUUGGAAGUAUUUUAAGGCUUAGAAAUUUCUCUGCACUGCCACCCCUAUUAUCCUGCCGCCCUAGGCAGGAUGAUAGAGAGCCUAUAUGGGAAAUCCGGCCCUGGUCAUUGUCGUCGUCGUUUUUUACUCUGUGUUAUUAUUAUCUGAUCCAACUGUCUCAGAACUGUACACAUUUGUACUAAUAUAUUUAUAUUAAUUAUAGUUGAGAUAUAACCUUUA